AUGCCCCCUCAAAAGAAGAAAUUAGUCUUUAUCACCGGUGCAUCAGCUGGUAUCGGUUAUGCUUUAGCUGUCGAGUUUGCCAAGCGAGGUACUUACAAGGUUUACGCAGGUGCCAGAAGUGUUGAUAAGUUGAAAACCCUUGAGCAAUAUGGGGUUAUCGCAAUCGCCUUUGAUAUCACCAACAGUGAAUCAAUCAUCAAAGCUAGAGAUUUGAUUACCAAGGAAACAGAUGGUGGAUUAGAUAUAUUGUACAAUAAUGUUGGUGUUGCCUCUAAAGAUUCAAUUUUUGAUAUUUCAUUGAAAGAAUAUCGUAAAAUCUUUGACACCAAUUUCUUUGGUCACAUUGAAGUUCUCCAAGCGUUUCAACAUUUAUUAUUGAAAUCCAAAGGUCUAGUGGCAUUUACAGAUUCAGUUAUUGAUUUGGCUCCAAUUCCUUUCGCAUCAGCGUAUUUUACAUCAAAAGCAGCGUUCCAUGGUCUUGGAGAAGCAUUUGCUCUUGAGACAAAUAGUUUAGGGAUCAAAGUUCUACAGGUUAGAACUGGCCGCGUUGCCUCAGAUAUUAGUGAAGGUGUAAAUCCACAAGUCUCUCCAAACUCUGUCUAUUAUUUGGAAGAUGAAAAUAUUUUUGCUGGAGCUUUUGAUGAUGCCUCUCCUAGUGAAAUUUAUGCGAAAGAUGUUGUUAAUGAUGUUGAAAGAUCCAUUAGAAAAGGUACUUUAUACGCUGUGACAUACAGAGGUAAAAUGGCCAGCACUGCAGCCUAUUUAAACUGGUUACCAUUUUGGAUUUGGAGUAAAGUCAUUUUGAGAUUCCUGGGUAUCAAUGGUGCUUUUGCUAAGAUAGCUGCCAAACUUAACAAACCAAAACUUCGUGAUGGAAUCUAG